AGAGCUCCGCUCGCCGGCCGCAACGCCUGCCAUCCUCCUCAACGGCGGGCGGCGGCAGCAGCAGCCAUCUCACCGCCUUCCCUCUCGCCGCGUCCAAUCUAGCCCUCCCUUCCCCUAGCAGCCGCCGCAUACAACGCAGAUCCGAACUCCUCUCCCAUCCUCUGCCAUCUCAGUUUGGAUCUUGACCCCCCCUCGUCCUCUCCUCCCCAACCACAGCACGGGCGGGCGGCAGAUACGCACGAUGGAUGGAUAUGCAAUAAUUCCCGCUGAUCAGGAACAAUCAGUAAUUGCUGCGGACUGGAGUGCAGGAGUACUGUCAGAUGAAUUGGAGAUGCAUGAAAACUCAGCAGACUUUUCGCCACAGCUUGCUGAAGAGCAGAACCAGUUAUAUAUUCUGGGAGUCAAUGAAAUGCCAAUUAAUGACACAGGCAGUGCAAGUGAUUCAGAUGGCAGCUCAGAAAAUGAGACAGAUAAAGAACCGGGAAAGUACUUCUAUCCUGGUUUUGAGGAGUUGGUUAAUCCAAGACCACCAGAAGUUGGAAUGAGAUUCCCAACCCUUGAAGAUGCCAACCGGUACUACAGUGCACAUGCUCUCCUGACUGGUUUUGUGGCAAUCAGGGGACCGAAUUUUAUGAGAAAGAAGUUUCACAUAGAAUGCAACAGGAGCCGCAAAUUGGCCCCAUCUCAGGACCUGAAGAGGAAGAGGGAAGUAUAUUCUGUAAACAAGGCACAGUGUGAGGCAAGGGUGGUUGUGAAGCCCGUUAAGGGGCAAUGGGAGUACACAACAGUUCGGAGUGAACACAACCAUCCGUUAUGUCCAAGCCCGUCGCUCACAAGAUUCUUCCUUAGCUGCAAACACAUGUCAGCCGAAGAAAGGUCGUUUUUAAGAGCUCUGCAACAAAGUAGUAUACAUCCCAAGAAAGCCAUGAAGAUUUUCAAGAGAAUGAGAGGCAUUUUGGGGAACCUACCGUUCAAGACAAAAGAUGCCAAUACCUCACAGUGUGCAGAACAACAGGAAAAACCAAACUCAGACGUAGAAACAACAGUGAAUCAUUUGAAGGAAUUGGAGCUGCAAAACCCAUUUGUUUCCUUCACCACUCAAAUAGACGAAGAUAGCGUAGUUAGGAGUCUUUUCUGGACUGAUGCGAGGUCAAGGAUAGAUUAUGAGAUCUUCGGAGAUGUCUUAUCAUUUGAUACUACCUAUAGCACAAAUAAGCACAAUAUGCCUUUCACUUCUAUUACUGGAAUGAAUGGGCACGGAAGAACUCUCGUAUUUGGAUGCGCCUUGCUACAAGAUAAGAAAGCUGAAACCUUCAAAUGGAUGUUCCAAACAUUCUUGCAUGUAAUGGGAGGGGAAAUGCCAAGAGCAAUCGUAACAGAUCAGGAUGAAGCUAUAAAAAAAGCAAUUUCGGAGGUCAUGCCACAAGUAAAGCACAGGUUUUGUAAGUUCCACGUAAUGAGGAAAGCACGGGAAAAGCUUGGAGGCUUCAUAAUGGCAAGAGGUAACAUAAAUUCAGAGUUGGAUGCCCUAGUUAACAACUCUCUGACAGAAAAAGAAUUUGAGGAAGGAUGGGCUACGCUGAUUGAGAGAUACAGUGCAAGUGGAAAUGAGUACCUACAACUCUUGUGGGAAACAAGGAGAGAGUGGGUGCCUGUUUAUUUCAGAGAAGAUUUCUAUCCAUUUGCGGAAACGACUGGAUGUUGUGAGGGGGCAAACUUAUUAUUCAAAGACUAUGUGCUUCCUAAGGACAGAAUAGAGAAGUUCCUUGAAAGAUAUGAAGACAUGCAAGAGAGGAUAAUAAGAAUAGAUGAUGAAGAUAGGUUGCAAUCAAGAACUGAACCUUCAUGUUUCUCAAUGCAGCCUAUUGAAAAGCAUGCAGCACACAUUUACACAAGGCAGAUAUUUCUAAAAGUGCAGAGGGAGCUACUCCAUUCUACAGCAUUCAACGUGGAUGAGAUACAGCCGGAGACAGUGUUCAGACUGCAAAAGGUGUCCAACUACGAGAACCCAGAGUUUGACAGGAAUUCCUUCGAACUGUUAGUCGAACCUGGCACCAAUGCAAUCAAAUGCGAGUGCGCAAAGUUCACUAGGGAUGGUAUACCGUGCUGCCACAUGUUCAGACUUUUCACUCAGUUUGGGGUCAAUGAAAUACCAGGGCAAUACAUAGUGCCCAGGUGGACUGCCAAAUUUAAAGAGGAGCAGAUGAAACAGUACAAGGAAAAAUGCUUGGGCAGCCGUGGCAUGGACGAAUCAGAAAAUACCAUGAGAUAUGCAAUGUUACUGAGUAAAGUAACUGACAUUGGCAAAGAAAUAUGUGGUGAUGGCUCGAAAUGCGAUAAAUUCAGUCUGGAACUAGACGCGAUUGAGGGAAAAAUUGGAAAGGCGACAGAAGAAACACCUGAAACUGAUGACAGUUAGACCGUACCUUUUGUGUACACAGUCUCCGAGAACAGUCGCUUUGGCAGCAGUAGCUGCUGAGCACUGGCGCCUCCGGUGCGGUUGCCAUCAUGUGAAUAUACGAGAGGCUAUUGUCAACUGUUGAUGGACGUCAGCAUCCAGGAUGAAUCUUAGUUAGGAGAGUCAGUUAAAUCGUUGUCAUUGAGACUCAUGUUGAUGAAGUACUUAGAAUAGUUAGGUUUCAGGAGACAGGUUGUAGUAUGUCGUAUCCGUUUUCUGUCCAGGAUUAUGCUGGCAUGAGUCUAUCCGUUUUCUGUCCAGGAUUAUGCUGGCAUGAGUCUAUCCGUGUUCUGUCCAGGAUUUGCUGGCACGAGUCUAUCUUUACCUGCGGUUUCACGUGA